GCCAUCCGCCGCCAUGACGGAGCAGAUGACGCUGCGGGGCACGCUGAAGGGCCACAACGGCUGGGUGACGCAGAUCGCCACCACGCCGCAGUUCCCCGACAUGAUCCUGUCCGCGUCCCGCGACAAAACCAUCAUCAUGUGGAAGCUGACGCGGGACGAGACCAACUACGGGAUCCCACAGCGUGCCCUGCGUGGGCACUCGCACUUUGUCAGCGACGUGGUCAUCUCCUCCGACGGGCAGUUCGCCCUCUCGGGCUCCUGGGACGGCACCUUGCGCCUCUGGGACCUCACCACUGGCACCACCACCCGUCGCUUCGUGGGUCACACUAAGGAUGUCCUGAGCGUUGCCUUCUCCUCCGACAACCGCCAGAUUGUGUCGGGCUCCAGGGAUAAGACCAUCAAACUCUGGAAUACUCUGGGGGUCUGCAAGUACACGGUGCAGGAUGAGAGCCACUCGGAAUGGGUGUCCUGCGUUCGCUUCUCCCCCAACAGCAGCAACCCCAUCAUCGUGUCCUGCGGCUGGGACAAGCUGGUCAAGGUGUGGAAUUUGGCCAACUGCAAGUUGAAGACCAACCACAUCGGGCACACAGGAUAUCUGAACACGGUGACAGUGUCCCCUGAUGGCUCCCUCUGUGCCUCGGGGGGAAAGGAUGGGCAGGCCAUGCUGUGGGACCUCAACGAGGGCAAACACCUCUACACGCUGGAUGGAGGGGACAUCAUCAAUGCUCUCUGCUUCAGCCCCAACCGCUACUGGCUCUGCGCAGCCACCGGGCCCAGCAUCAAGAUCUGGGAUCUGGAAGGGAAAAUCAUCGUGGAUGAGCUGAAGCAGGAGGUGAUCAGCACCAGCAGCAAAGCGGAGCCGCCCCAGUGCACAUCCCUGGCCUGGUCUGCAGAUGGGCAGACUCUCUUUGCGGGAUACACGGAUAACCUGGUCCGAGUAUGGCAGGUGACCAUCGGGACACGCUGAAGCCCCACUUUGGGAAUCCCAAUAAACUAGCGCUCAUCACCACUUCGUGUCCAGUUCUGGCUCCUUGCUUGGAUCAGAGCCCAGUCCCCAUAUUCCCAGCUCCAGAUUCCCAAAAGUAUUGUCCCCAGCCUCAAAGCCACUGGGGAUUCAGUCCCACAGCACUGAAAUUAUGUGAUGGAGGGAGGACAUUCUGUGUCCUUCCAGUUAAUGGGGGGCUCUCGUUCGUUCCCAGACUCUGGAAGAACCUGGCAACACACACACAAUUCCCAAGGAACCCCAGAAUUUAGCUCAUUCCGGAGGCACUGGUGGUCUCCUCAUCCCCACCAGGGAUUUUCCUUAAUAAAGGGAAGGAUUUAAGGUGGAAUAUA